GUGAGAACUUCAGCUAGGCCACAGAGCCGAAGGGAGGCGAACACUGGGUCGCCUCUUUGCACGAACACCGCAGUGGUUUGCCCAGAUUAGGCACAUGAGUCUCUUCGGGCCUUGAGCGGUGUGAGCUGUGGGCGUCGCUUUGUUGCCUCAGCCCUCCCACCGGAAACCUGCCCAGGCCUCAGGGGUGGUCGCAGGUCAGCACCUGAGGUGUAUCUCGCUCAGCGGCUGCCUUUUGAACGCUUCGUGGCUUCUCUUAUGGAGAACGCGGAGGCCCUGUACAGGACAUUUCGAAACAUUGAAACCACUCUUCCCUUCUUUGGUCCUUGUUCCAUCCAGGUCUCAGUCCUAAUGCCAUUUCCUGUAAGAGGACUUCUCUGACCCCCAAUCUCAAUGAAGUCUAUUAAGGAAUCCUUUUAUUCUUUGCCUUCCUUAUCAUCAUUUUUAAUCAGAAACACCAAGGGCAUUCUGAGGUCUUCUAGUCAUCAAGAGCACAUCUAAAGAAGUCCUGCUCUCCUGAGCAUUUGAUCCUGGCAGUCUGAGGAGUACUGGAUUUCAUGCCCUUCAUCCCUGGCCUUCAAGGACAUGUAUUCCUCUGAGAAACUUUGGACAGCAGAUUUUGAUUUGAUAUCUGAUUGGGAUAACAUACAGAGACAUUUCCAGUCAUGAAUUCAGAUCAAGAUGUAGCACUCAAACUUGCCCAAGAGAGAGCUGAAAUAGUUGCUAAAUAUGACAGAGGCCGAGAAGGUGCAGAGAUUGAACCUUGGGAAGAUGCUGAUUACCUUGUCUACAAAGUCACAGAUAGAUUUGGCUUUUUACAUGAGGAGGAGCUCCCCUAUCAUAAUGCAGCUGUGGAACGGCAAAAGCACCUGGAAAUUGAAAGAACUAACAAGUGGUUGAAAAUGCUAAAAGGAUGGGAAAAAUACAAGAACACUGAAAAGUUUCAUAGGAGAAUUUACAAAGGAAUCCCACUCCAGCUCAGAGGUGAAGUCUGGGCUCUGCUUCUGGAGAUCCCUAAAAUGAAAGAAGAAACAAGAGACCUUUAUACUAAUUUAAAACACAGAGCACGGGGUUGUUCACCUGAUAUCAGACAAAUAGACCUUGAUGUGAACCGCACAUUUAGGGAUCAUAUUAUGUUUAGAGACAGAUAUGGUGUUAAGCAACAAUCCCUAUUCCAUGUUCUUGCUGCGUAUUCUAUUUAUAAUACGGAGGUUGGAUACUGUCAAGGAAUGAGCCAGAUCACAGCUUUACUCCUUAUGUAUAUGAAUGAAGAAGAUGCCUUCUGGGCCCUGGUCAAACUGUUCUCAGGCCCCAAACACUCCAUGCAUGGCUUUUUUGUUCAUGGUUUUCCUAAACUCUUGAGGUUUCAAGAACAUCAUGAAAAAAUACUGAAUAAAUUUAUGUCCAAGCUUAAGCAACACUUGGAUUCUCAAGAAAUCUACACAAGUUUUUACACAAUGAAAUGGUUUUUUCAGUGUUUUCUUGAUCGUACUCCCUUUACACUAAACCUCAGAAUAUGGGAUAUCUACAUCUUUGAAGGAGAGAGAGUUCUCACUGCGAUGUCUUACACAAUCUUAAAAUUACACAAAAAACAUCUAAUGAAAUUGUCUAUGGAAGAACUUGUCGAAUUUCUUCAGGAGACCUUGGCAAAGAAUUUUUUCUUUGAAGAUGACUUUGUGAUAGAUCAACUUCAGAUUUCCAUGGCAGAACUAAAGAGGGCGAAAUUAGACCUUCCAGAACCUGGUAAAGAGGAUGAAUUUCCAAAGAAACCUUUGGGACAACUUCCACCUGAAUAUCAGUCUGCCGGUAUUAGUCUCGUGAGCAAUGGACAAAGAAGUGUUGGCAGGUCAAGUCCCCACACUAGCAGCAGAAGAGAAAGUGGCUCAUCACCUCACAAAAAACAUGAGCAUUCACCUCACCAUCACAGUCGAACUGGUACUCCAGAAAAAGUAAGGCAACCAAGACGGAAAUCGGUGGAGGAUGACAGUAAAAAGCUUAAAGAUGAGGCAGACUUUCAAAGAAAACUUCCAUCAGGUCCACAAACUAAUUCCAGGCAAUAUGACCAUGCAACUGCUAAUCAAAAUAGCAAUGCUACUUCAAACAUCAGGAAGGAAUUUGUACCCAAAUGGAAUAAACCAUCAGAAAUUUCGGCUAUUGAAAAAAGUGCCAAAUAUGCCAUGGAAGGCAAAAGUAGAUCAGCACACCCCACACUGACAGUCACCAUACCAAGUUCUACUGAUACUCAGCUAUCAAAUGGAAGGCAAAAGAUGAAGGUUUUGAAUGCUGAUGAAGGGAAACGUGGAUCUAAUGCAUCACAGUAUGAUAAUGUACCUGAAAAUGAAAAUGGAGCUUCUGUUGAAGAGGCACUAGAAAGGGCUUAUUCUCAAAGUCCAAGGAAUAUUAUUUACUCUCACAGUCCAAGAAGGCAUGCUGAGCCAAGUUCUAGUCCAUCAAAAAUACCAAAUAAGUUUACUUUUAGAGUACAGCCUACAAAUUAUGCAAGAUACCCAUCUCAGUUAGAGGGGGAAGAUCGAGGGACAGUGCACCCACCAUCUUACAGUAAUCCCCCUGUUUACCAUGGAAAUUCUCCAAAACGCGUCCCUACUACUAAUAGCAACUUCGUGUCACCACAGUUUAGCCCUGGGACUCAGACGAAUCCUUCCAGGAGACCUUAUGGUUCUACUCUUUCAAUUGAUGUUUCUCCAGAGAAAUUUUACAACCGCCCAACUCCUCUUGUACUACCAUCCAGUCGAAUGGAAGUUCUCCCUGUUGAUAUUGGUGCUGGGGGAUAUUUGGGCAAUUCAGGGUCACCAAAGAAUGGAAAAUUUAUUGUCCCUCCAGUGGAUUAUUUACCAGAUAACAGGAAAUGGUCAGAAGUUGGUUAUACAUACAGACCUGAGGUGCAUGGACAAUCGUGGACUCAAGAUGCUAACCAUAGCCACUUAAGCAAUUUACCAAAAUAUUCAGCCUUUCAGCAUGUGCCCUUUCAGGACCACAACCUCCCAGCGGUUUCUGUAGACAGUCCAGUGCGGUAUAGAACUUCACCAGCUCUAGAAAAUGCCAGUUCAUCUGGGUAUCAGUAUCCAGGGCCAGCACCUCCAACAUAUCACUAUAGAAAUCGGGAUGGACUUUCUAUUCAAGAAUCAGUAUUGCUGUGAGAAUUUACCUAUACUGGCUAAAGACAAGAGAGUAGAAACCAUAUGAAACCUACAUUGCUAUGUUUGUAAUUGCCAAAGCAGUAUUUUAUACUAUUGUAAACAACUCGCACAAUUCUAAUGUAUGUUAGUAAUAAGAGUAUAUGGAAAUGUUUUUAUCCCAUGUAGAUGCUGCUUAAGAUGAGCAUUUUAAAUUGCAUCAUCACUGAACCUGUUAGACAUAGCAAUAGCAUUUAGGGAUGCACACACAAUAAUAAUUCAUGGCUCAAUUUCAUUUAUAUCUUUCUCCAAAACCUGACCAUUUUUUACCCUGUUAGCCCAUUCUAUUUUGAAUAAUGUUACAAAGCACUGAAAAACUGUGUAGAAUGAGUAUUUUUAAGGUUAUAUGUAGUGUAUGUGUCUUUUAACAGAUAUUAUAGGCGUCUGUGCAUACACAUUUGAACACAGAACUAAAGGAAUAUUUAAAAAGAACCUACUUUUAAUCUAGAUCUGUGGAAUAAUUUAUUUUUCUCUUUCUUAACUUGUCUUUAGUCAGGUAUUUUUCCUCUUAAUAUAUUUAACCCAGAUCCUAAACUAACAAGUGUUUGCCCUGACUCAAUUCAACAUCUCAUAGAAUGCUCAUUAUCCUCAUUCAACUGCUGCAUUCUUUAAAUCUGAAAAAUUAAAGACAUUGGAGGGAAAGGUUAACCUCUUAAUGGUGCUUAAAAUUCUGGGCAGUUAAAGUAAGUUUAUGGCCAGAAGUGCAGCGCUUACUGUAUCCAUGUACAGCAAUCAGGUUUAGUGCCCUUUGUUCUGGUCUGACUCUUGUAAAACUCAGAGCAGAGCAGGAUGUUCCUCGCCAGAUGCGCAGGAAAUGCUGCAGCUCUGCUCCCAGUGGGUUCUGCACAGAAGAUGCACAGACUGAUCUCCAAGCACUCACAAGGGGGGCAGCAGAACAAACCCCUUUGGAAUUCAUUUGAAAGCAAGAUUAACAAUUUGGUUACUUCUGCCCAUUAAGUUCCUGUAAAGCCUCCCCAUCAAGAGCUGGGUGGUCAUUACAUGAUCUUUUUCUGGCACUUUAGAGAAUGUAGUCAAUGGUAUUGCUGCACUUAGGCCUAUAAUUAUCAUGGUGUAAAAUUGUAAACAAUGAUUUUAACUAUUAAUAGGAAUCUAAGAUUUGGGUCUUUUUAAAAAUAUGGUGAUUUUCAUACUUUCAAAAAUUUUUUUUCAGUGAAACAAUUUAGGUUCAUGGUAAAAAAUUAGCAUUGUCUUUAAAAAAUAUUCUAUUACACUACAAUGAUCAAAAUACUGAAUAAGUUCUGGGGACUCCAAGAAAGUAUGAAUUUGUUUUUAAAUUGGAUAGCUUGUUUCCAACAUUACUUUGUUCACAUUUGAAUUUUAGAGAGUAGAAAGCCUAAUACUGAUGGCUCUUGUUUCAAGUUGGAGCUUUAAGCUUUCAAGGUACAGACGUUUGUCUUUUAAAAUGAGAGUAACAUUUGUUUAGCUAGUGAAUGUGACAAUAUUUUUUAUGUAUAUAAUGAGUCUAAUGUAAUUUUAAUCAACUCAGUAAUGAUGUUAUUAAAUGGCAAAGCAAAUGCAGUGUAUUAGCAGCUAAGCACUACACUGAAACUCAGACAAAAUCCUGGUAUCACUGGGCUCUUGAUUCAGAUCAUGUGGAAGCUUAGAAAUAAAUGUAUAUAAAAAUAUAGCUGAGGAUAUUCCAAUUUUUAAAACCAUGAUUCUGUGACUUGUAAUAAACCAAGCUGUACAAUUUAGUGUAUGAUAGCAGCAUCUGCUCUGCUCCCAAAUAUAUAUCAACAGUGGUAAAAGCUGUAGAUUUAUCUAUAUAUAUGUGCAAAAUAUAUAUAUAUAUACACACACUAUUUUCUUAUGUCAUCUGACAUUUUUUAUCUGUAUACUUUUUUUUGAUGUGACCGUUUAACAUGCUAAAAGUAAUAAGUAUGUUUUGUUUUGUGUCCUUUAUGUGCCUUUUCAUAUGACAAAAGUGCUUCAUCCUUCAAAAGCUAAUUCUCUUCUAGUCAGUGUUGCCCAGUAUUUGCCUACACGACUGUUAUCACAGGUCUGUGUUUAUGCUUCUUUUUUUUUUUAAAGAUUUAUUUAUUUAUACAGGCAACUGGAGUACAGGCCAGAGGCGUGGGAGGGUGAGAGAAUUCAUCAGAGACAGAGCAGGGAGCAGAACAGGUAGAAGGUCCAAAAUACGCUGCUGAGGGGAGCAGUGGGCGAGACAGGAGAGGUCUGCGGCGCCAUGUGGGAAUCUCCCUGGCCGGCCGGGAAUCGAACUCUGGCUGCAGAGGCUGCGGACAGCUUCACAGUGUUGUGCUCAACCCGCUGUGCCACCGGGGAGGCCCCUGUUUAUGCUUCUUUAACUUCCAGUGGCAUUUAGAAUUAUAUUGCCUUCAUUUUAUUUAACAUGUCAUUAUUAUAACCAGUAAGAUAUUAUUUCUAGUCUUCUCCAUUGUAAAAUGUAACUCCUGUGUUUUUUCUAGUAAGAAAGCUUAAUUUAAAAUUAUUUUGUCCUUAUAGUUUUAUCUUUCAAGUUUAUCUUUUAAUAAAAGAUAAAUAAUAUUGAUAAGGUGGGUUAAAAUAUCUUUAUGGAAGAUAUUGUUUGGUAAAGAUUUUCAUGGUGGAGACUAAUUUUACGAAACUGCAUGCACAUUGUAUAAAUAUUUUACCAUUACAUCUUUAUGACAGUUUUACCUAACGUAAUAAGCACUUUGGUAUAACUUGUAUUUUUUCAGUAUUUAUUUUGAAAAGUUAAAGAAACUAGACCCAGAGUCUCAAAGCAUUUUAAAACUUAGACUCUUUUGGGGUGUUUGUAUUUUUUAUAAUAUUACUAAAAACAGUUUUUUAAAGCUAGGAUAUAUAAAAAAUAAGAUUAUUGUAGGGGAGGGAAAAAAUUAUUUUUCCUCCAUCCUUGUAGAUUCUCCAUCAGAAGCCCUGUCAAUUAGACUGACAAAAGAUGAGGAAAAACAAGUUUAUUAACUCAUGUUUCAUGUACACACACGUGAGUGAGUACCCAGUGAUGUGUAACUCAAGGGGGUACCUAGAACUUAGGAUCUAUAUAUGUUACUUAUCGGGUGUAGGAGAGAGAGGGCACUUAGGAAAAAGGAAAUGAUUUUUUGAAAAAUAAAUGGAUCCCGAGGGUGAUAGAUGGGAGACAUGAUAGUUUGUCACAAGGUCUGGGUGUGGUGCCAGGGAAGAUUAGAGUUGCUUGGGGAUAGGAUUUAUGACAAUUAAAUUCUUUGGGGAGCCUGUGUUUUUGGGUAGAUAAAGUAUUUCAGGAACUCAGUUGCCUUCAGUUCAGUCAUUCUUAUGCCCAAAUGACUUAUUUUGGGGUGGCAUGUCCUGGUCCCCUUCAGCAUCAAUGAUAGGUUUUUUGAAAGAAGGAAGAGAGUCAUUACACAGGACUUCAAUGGAGAAGAAAAAAGAAGUUUACAGAUGUAAUGUGUUUGUUUUAGGUCUUUCCAUUUUCAUUUUAAGAAGAUUCUAAUACUGAAGUGUAUCAUACUCCAUGUAACUUUAAAAUUGAGUUUCAUAUUUGUAGUCAUUUCAGGCCUCUCCAGGACCUAUCAUGAUGCAUGCACAAAAACUGUACCUAGUCAGUACUUUGCUGAGAUCGCUUUUCAUUUUCAUGACUAGAGAUUAUGUGAUGUCCCCAAAUAGGAAUUUAUUCACAGAGAACCUGCAGCUUAAUGUUUUGGAAAUAAUAUUACUCUCAAUUAUCUUUUGAAAUUACCCAUAUUUUAGUAUGCUCUUGAUUGUGGGUUAAUUAAGAUUAUGAUUUUGGGAUUUGGUUUCUUGUUUUAAUUGUCUUUUAAUGGAUUUUAAGUGUCCAUUUCUAUUAUAGAUAUAAAUGCUUAUUGACCAGAUGGUUUUCAUAACUCAAACUUUACUGAUGAUGACCCAAGGUAUUGAGAAUGAGAAGAAUUCCAUUUAACAUUUACUAAUUAAUUGUUUUUCAUAAGGCUAUUUAGUCAUCCAAAAUCUAAGCACAAUUUCUAACAACACUGAGAAAUAAAGGAGCAAAGUUUAGAUUUCAUAGGAGUGGAUCUUAAUGCUUGCUCCUUUUGAAAAUUAUAUGGGGAACUUUAAAAAUAUUUUCUACCUAGAUCCUAGCUUAGACUAUUUAAAUCAGAGCCUCUGGGAUGGAACCCCGGGCAUCAAGUAAUUGUAUUUGUCCUAUCCAGUCAACUAAGUUCUUUAAAGAAAAAAUUCCUCUAAAGUUGAUUGUUUUGUAUUUCUGCUAUGAGCUGUCUCAAAAACUCUAAACAGAUCAGUUUUCAGAAAACUCUAAUUUCAGGUAAGUUAGGAAAAAUUCCAUUGGAAAGAUUAAUAUUACCAGCCAUCUGUAACUUUUGAUGAACUACUGAUAGUUGUGGAAAGUAUAAAGGGCUUCAAGUGGAAGGUGGCUUCAUUCAGUACUUAGUCUUAUUACUACUUACAGGAGUCCUUCAAAAUAGGUAUGACUUAAGAUUUCCAUUUUUCUAAAGAACCUCUGUCACUCUCCUCAGGUGUGCUAAAAAGCAAAACAAAACACAAAAACCUAAGCUGUUUGGGAGCCUAGCCACAUUUUCUCUGUGUGAGAGCUGAGAAGAUGCUGCAGCAUCUGGGCAUUCAUUAGGCCAGCCAUUUUAUUUGGUCAUCAUUUUAUUGAGCACCUGCAGUGUACUAGUGUCCUAGGAAUUGUGCUAAACUCAUGCUCGAGAUAGAAAAUGUUUUAUCAUCUCUGUGUCUCAGUUCAGUGUGAGAGACAUGUAUACACCUCCCAUGAGAUCAGGGCAUAGAAAGGCCACAGCUCACAAAGAUCAAGGACUGAGCCUAAGACAAUUAGAGUAGACAGAUAGCGAAAGGGGUGGGGGGCGUUGCAUUUAUAGAGGGAAUGGCAUGAGCAACUACAUGGUGUGGGGGGGAAGUUUGCCACUUUGAGUUGUAAGUAAUGUUGGGAAGGAGAUUCCGCCGAGAGACCUAACUAUAGAGAGGGCUUGUGUGCCAUUGAACAAGACCCUAUGGGGUUUGCCAUGAUUUUAUUCAUAUUUCCUGUGGAGGUCAGAUAUAAGGCAACAAGCCUGAGGGAAGUUAGGAAAACUGGCAAGUUUUGUAAAAGGUGGCACAGCUCCUAAGAUGAGGGAAGACGAUAUGAAGAAAAGUUACGUAAGAAAAGAAGUUGUGAAGAAAAAGAAAAGGUGAUUGGAAAACUAGUGACCACAUAAAAUUGGUAAAACUUGAUAAAUGGACAUAAUCAUAAGAAAAAUAGCUAACUUUAUUGGGUGCUGAUCAUGUGCUGUGCUAAGCAUUUUUACUUCUAUUAACUCAUUUAAUUCUCACAGAAACUCUGAAGUAUGUACUACUAUAGUUCCCACUUUAUAGAGGAGAAAAUGAAGUCACAAGAAUGUUGAAGUUACUUGGUCCAAGUGAUAUAGCCAAUAGGAUAUAGCCAGGGCUUGAAUCCAAGCAGUCUGAAUCUAGAGGCACUGCUUCCCUCCCUCUUCCCCAUCAAUUUGAAGGAGUCAUAGCUUAUAAUAAUUCACCCAUUUAAGUGUACAUCUCAAUGAUUCUUCAAUGAACUUGUAGAGUUGUGUGACCAUUGCCAGCAGGCCAAUUUUAGAACAUUUCCACCACUUCAAAAAGAUCUCAAGUGUCCAUUUAUUGUUAUCUCCAUCUAUUACUACUACCAGGCUCACACUGGGUUACUAAUCUACUUUUCUAGAUAUUAUAUAAGCGGAAUCAUGAUUGUGUUUUGUCACAACUGACUGUUCUCAUACUUAGCAUAAUAUUUUUGAGGUUCAUGGUGUAGUAUGUAUUAGUUACUUUCCUUUUUAUUGCUGCAUAGUAUUCUACAGUGUGGCCCUUUUAAUUUUUUAUUUAGUCACUUAGCAGCUGGUAGUCAUUUGGAUUGAUUUCAUGUACUGCUCAAGUCCAUAUGGGUACAAGUCUUUGGACAUAUUUUCAUUGUCCUU